AGUACGAUUUUAGAACGCAGCUUGGCCGGUCUCUAACCUCUAACCUGCUCUAACUUAUAAUUCUAUGUGUAAAGUAUACCGUAUACCGCGAGUUCAAGAGAUUUUUUUAAAACCGCGAGAACAAAGUGUGUUAAAUAACCUGGAAGAAGUUGAAGGCACUUUGAGCAUCGCCAUCCGGCGAGAUACAGCAAAAAGAAAAUAGAAAUUGUGUCUUUGUAUGUGUGCAACUCCGUUUUUAGGUUAAGUUAUUUGAUAACUUAAAAAUAAAUUUAGAAGAACAAUUACAAGAAGAGACGCACUAAUAAUGACAACACUUCUAAAAUCGGUUAAUCGAUUUCAACUUUUCCACAAAUGCUUAAAACAAAGUAUCAAUGUAGCCAUCCCAAAACGAGAAAAAUAUAUACCUAGUUUAAGACCAAGAUAUCGUCCUCCAGAGUGGCUUCCAAAAACACAACGUAUUUUAUAUGAUGAACAACUAACAGAAGAUAAUAAACAAUUUCUGAACGAAAUAGUUGAAGACAAAUAUGAUCCAUCAAAACUUUCCCCUUUGAAAAUUGAUCUAAUUGAGCCUACUGUAGAAUGGAAACAAGGUAUGAAACGUACUGGUUUAAUUGCGAAGAAAAUAGGGGUCUAUCCAUUGUGGUUGAAAAAUGGAAAGAAGGUUACAUCGACAUUACUUCAGAUUGUUGAUAAUGAAGUAGUAAAAUAUAUACCACCGGAGAAAUAUAAUCCAGUAAAAAGUAAAAGACCUCCAAUACAAGUAAAAAAGAGACGGGGAUGUCUUGUAGUAGGAGCAGAAAAUAUAAAUCCACAAUUGAUCACUAAAGAAUAUUAUAGUAUUUUUAAUGAUACUGGAGUUAUGCCGAAACGUGUACUAAGAAGAUUUGUAAUAUCUCCGGAAGCGGCGUUGCAACCAGGAACUCCUUUAUUCGCCACACAUUUUAAACCAGGAGAAGUUGUCGAUAUCCGCGGAAAAACGGUCGAUCGUGGAUUUCAAGGCGUCAUGAAACGAUGGGGUUUCCAUGGACAGCCUGCCUCUCACGGCCAAACCAAAACUCACAGAAGACCCGGAAAUAUCGGGUCAGGUGGUACAAAAGCUCGGGUCAUGCCUGGCACUAAAAUGCCUGGCCAUAUGGGUAAUAGGUGGCGUAUUCUUAGAGGCGUUCGAAUUCUACGAAUAAAUACAAAAUAUAAUGUGAUCUGGGUCCUGGGACAUAAUCUACCUGGCGAAACUAAUAAUUAUGUUUACAUGUACGAUACGUUACUUCCUCUGAGGCAAUUUAAAACAAAGCCAAACUUUCCUACGUAUUUACCAAGUAUCACUGAAGAACCGCUUCCAGAGGAACUGUAUGCUGAUGACGUACAUUCAUUUGCAGAUCCCACAAUAGAAUUUAAGGAAUCUUAAUUGUAUAUCUGUAUAAUAUUAAAUUAAAAAAAUAUAUAAUUGCAUUACAGGCUCUUAGUCA